UCUAGAUCAUCGAUCGAUGUGCAAAUUCUCCCUACAGUGAGACAACAAAGCUUGGUCAAUUGAAAUUAAGUUUUAGGUAGCUUCUCAAAAUGCGUUCAAGUUUUUGAAGAUGAAUGCCGAAAAUUACAAAUUGUGCGAAAAGCUUAUUCCUCGUAGUUAUGUCCGGCAAGGGGAGAACGCGAAAAAAAGCCAGGAAAAGAAGAUUAGGACAUUACUUGAACAUCAUAAGCUGCCAGAAGAUGGAUGGGAUGAGUUGACCAUUGAUCUUCUGUUGAAAGAAUUAUCAAUUAUGGACAGCAACAAUUUUCAAGGUAAUGUUGGUGCUGGUGAAAGAGAAGGACGAGUAGCAAGUAGUUUGGUGUCACGAAGACAUUACGGUUUUAGUCAUGGCGUGGGUCGUUCUGGUGACAUCACCGCUGUUCAACCUAAGGCUGCAGGCUCAUCUUUGAUACUAAAAUUGACUUCUGCGAUGGCAUUGGACGUUAUUAAGUUGACAGGUGUCCGAAGCGCUACGUCAUGUUUGGUUUUACCGGUAGCAACGGGUAUGAGUAUUGUGAUGACGUUGUUGGCACUUCGUCCCAUGAGACCAGGAGCGAAAUACGUGCUGUGGCCAAGGAUUGAUCAAAAAUCGUGUUUUAAGUCCAUCGUUACCGCUGGAUUCACUCCAGUAGUAAUUGAGAACGUUUUGGAAGGGGAUGAACUACGGACGAAUGUUUUGGAGAUAGAAAAUCAAAUCGAGGAAUUGGGUGCUGAAAAUAUUGUUUGCAUUAUGACAACCACAAGUUGCUUCGCUCCCAGAGUGCCUGACAGACUGGAGGAUGUUGCUAAGAUAUGCGAGGGCAAGAAUAUUCCUCAUAUUGUGAAUAAUGCUUAUGGGGUCCAAUCGACAAAGUGCAUGCACCUAAUACAAGAGGCAGCAAGGGUGGGUCGUGUCGAUGCCUUCAUUCAAAGUUUAGACAAAAAUUUCAUGGUCCCUGUUGGUGGCGCUAUCGUUGCUGGUUUUCAGGAGGCUUUUAUCGAUGAAAUCGGGAAAACCUAUCCGGGUCGGGCCUCCGCGUCACCGUGUUUAGAUCUUUUCAUAACAUUAUUAAGCCUUGGUUCAAAAGGAUAUAAGAAACUGAUGUCGGAAAGAAAGGACGUCUACAACUACUUGGCCGAAGGUCUUAAGAAAUUAGCUGAAAAGCACGGGCAGAAGUUACUGAACACAAAACACAACCCUAUAUCAUUAGCAAUGUCACUCCAGGAAGUCGAAGGAGGUCUUCGUGCUACGGGUGAUGACGGUAUGACUCAGCUGGGGUCAAUGUUAUUUACAAGAUGUGUUUCCGGUGCAAGGGUUGUUCCUCCAAACGCGACGAAGGACAUCAAUGGUUUCAAAUUUAACGGGUGGGGCGCACACACGAAUAACUACCCAUGCGCGUACAUGACAGCUGCGGCUGCCCUGGGCAUGAGUAAAGAUGACGUGGACACAUUCCUAAAGAGACUCGAGAAAUGUUUGUGUAAGUAUUUAAACCAAAUUAAUCCCCCUCUACCGAUUGCGGAGACGAAGGAAGACGAGAGGAAUGGCUUGCCAGAAAAUUAGGAUGGUUUUUGUACCGACAAAUGGUAUUGCUGUGGAAUCCUAAACCCGCCUUUUUUACUGGCGUAAACACCGGCCAAUAUAGUAAAUUAUAUGAUGUGAUGUGAUGGACUAAGCUAUCGAGGUCAUAAGGUCCGUUUAAGGCCCUGUUACACGGUGCGAAUUUGCCUGCAACUUGCAAUGCAAUGCUACUUUUAAGAGAUGCAACCUUGGCAACUACGAAACUUUUGUGCUUAUUUUGCACUCCGUUGGAGGAUGUUUCUUAUACUUACAUUCUAAUGACUCUUUACUAUAAUUUACAUCUUUUAGCAGUAGAAUUGCAAUCAUUUAACAGUAGAAUAGUGCCCACAUAGAAUCGCACGUCUGGCACGUGUUAACGGCCCCACAGAACGUCGUCACCUUGCUCACGUCAUUUGGUCCUCGCAUCGAUGAAAAUUACCGCAUAUCGUUCGUUUCGUGUGCGAAUGAUAUGUUCCAAUUUUUUUUAUAUAUUUUUAUGUUUUGUUAAUCAGCGCUUUAUUAAAGUCGUACGAAGUCAAAAGAUGUGAUUUUUGAAGACAUCAGAGGCUAUCCACGGGUUAGUGCUAAUUGAAAUCGCUCUAAAAUUGCCCUAGCUUGGCAUAAUCUAGAUUAAACCUUGCUAUCAUUAAGGUGUAGUGUUUGUGUUUAUUAAUUGUGUCGCAACCACGCGUGAAGCCCGUUUUCCAUAACGAGCAGAUAAAAAGUAGAAAGCCAUUCUACUUUUUCGUAGCGAAUAAGGUGGCAUAGUGAAAAACACAGGCCAAAAAACAUCACUAUCCAGUGGAUAGCGUUACCACAACACAGUCUUCGUACAACCAUGUUGUCCCAGAAAUAUAUUUGGUCAUGAAGGCUUGAAUUUCCACAAUCUGCUAUGACGUAAAGACCUUUAUGACGUGAGCAAUGUCGAGGACAAUUAUAUAGCCCUUGAUAAAAACGCCUCUCGGCAACUAGUAUCUGCUAGUAAUGAAGAAGAAAGCUCUUCCUGGUAAUCGUUUAUGGAUUGCGGCACCGGGAACUAGGCUCAAAGCCAGUGUUCUAUCGUAGAAUAGGAUUGUUAUAUGUACAAUAGUUACCCGUUUGAAAGAUGAAAUGAAUUGCCGUGACAAAAUCCUGUAGAGGAUGAUAGAGUACGAAAAAAACGACAUUAAAACCAAAGGCCCGUCCAAAUGGUACAUGCAUAUCUCUUGGAAAAGUGCGUAUUGCAAAUUUCAAACCUCUAU